GACGGCCUGGGCGUGCGACGGACGAGGCGCGGCCACCCCAAACCAAGCAGCCGGAAGGUGGCAAGGGGACUGGGCGGUGACAGCGGUCAGGGGGCCACCGCCCGAGCCUGGGGGACCCUUUGCAGCGUUCCAGGCGGGGGUCCCCGAGCGAUGUAAGGGCGUAGCCCCGCCAAUCCCAAAGCACGAUUUAUGGUCGCGAGAGAAACAGGCCAAUCGGAAUCCAGGGGCGGCGGCGGCGGAGGGCUGAUAGGACCAAUGGGCUACGAGCACCGGGCCGGGGCGGGGCCGCGCGGAGUUUCAAAUCUGCUGUGGUGGGCGAAGAGCGUGUGUCGAUCUUCAGGUCUCGGGUAUCAGGCAGGGAGGAUCUAGCGGGCAGAGGAGACUGGACCAAGCACAUGGCGUCUCAGUGGCAGGGCAUGACGGCCUCCAUGCGCAGACGAUCACUCCUAAAGGAGGAACAUCUAGAGAAGGCGGUGGCCCGGUCUGCUGAGGGCCAUCUGGAGACGGGUCCCCUGGGCUCUCUGUGCAGACAGUUCCAAAGGAGGCUGCCACUGAGAGCCGUCAGCCUCAACCUCGGGACUGGCCCCUCCUGGAAACGCCUCGAAACCCCAGAGCCAGAGCAGCAGCAUCUUAAGGCUUCAGCUCGCUCAGCCAAAAGCGCCUUGGGUGCUAUGUCCCAGAGAAUCCAGGAGUCCUGCCAAAGUGGCACCAGGUGGCUGAUGGGAACACAGGUGAAAGUGAGGAAAAAACGAGGAGUCCAGAAGGACAGAGGGACCUCACCACCCAGUCUGAGCCAGAAGAACACUCGGCUGUACAGGACCAACCGGGAUGCCAGAGUCGGAGGACAUCCACGCCUCUCUGGCCAGAUGGGUCUACAUGCCCAUCGACAUCAGCGGCUAAGGAGGGAGGCUGCCCUCCGGAGCCCCUGUUCCUCCAUAGAACCUCUCUGCUCUCCCAGUGAGUCUGACAGUGACCUAGAGCCUGUAGGAGCUGGAAUCCAGCAUCUCCAGAAGCUGUCACACAAACUGGACAAAGCCAUCAAGGCCGAAGAGAGUGGUGACAUGACUGUCUCCCUUAUUCGUGAAUGAGGACAGCAGCAUCCUACAGGAAACAGGCUCUGUCCAGCCACCAAGCCAUCAGGAUGUCCGUGCCACCCACCCCAUGAACUUCCGGAGGAGGCACUGGGCUCAUCAGCAUCCCCAGGCCACUGCUAACAAGGACUUGACUAACAGGGGAUCCAGAAGCCUUCUAUUUUAGCCAUAUCUGGGCCCAUUGGUAACCACUGGCCACAGCCCAAGAGUGUUUUAGGAAGAGGUGAUGGGAACUGCCCAUGCUCUCCAGGAGGACUCAUACAGCACCCUGUUCUCCAGCUUCACAGAGGCCCAUCCGUAUUAGGAAUGUACCUGAAGAUGCUAGACAGUUCUGAACCUUGUGACCAGGACCAAGGCCCUGCAGGAGUCAUCCCAUGAAAUCACCCCCUUUAUUCCCAGUGCAGAGAUUCUUGGGGACCACUUUUACCCCUGAUCCCACAGGUCCCCAUAGGAAGAGAGGAGAUAUUUGUAGACUGCAAGCCUGAGCUCUUGGGGCCUACUUAUCAGCUCAGUGUGGGGAACUGGGGUGUGCAGGAAGGGGGACACUGUUCAAGACCAGUUUCUGCUCUUUGUAAAUUAUUUAGGAAAUCUACUAUGUCAUUUUAUUAGAAAGAUACCAGUGUGUCAGUUUCUAGAUCACAUUGCUUUUUCAUAAUUAAAAACUCGCUUUUGACAUUUG